CCGCUGCCGCAAUGAUGAUGAUGGCGCUGAGCAAGACCUUCGGGCAGAAGCCCGUCAAGUUCCAGCUGGAAGACGACGGCGAGUUCUACAUGAUCGGCUCCGAGGUGGGAAACUACCUCCGUAUGUUCCGAGGUUCUCUAUACAAGAGAUACCCCUCACUCUGGAGGCGACUAGCCACUGUGGAAGAGAGGAAGAAAAUAGUUGCAUCGUCACAUGGUAAAAAAACAAAACCUAACACUAAGGAUCAUGGAUAUACAACUCUAGCCACCAGUGUGACUCUGUUGAAGGCGUCAGAGGUGGAGGAGAUUCUGGAUGGCAAUGAUGAGAAGUACAAGGCUGUGUCCAUCAGCACAGAGCCCCCCACCUACCUCAGGGAACAGAAGGCCAAGAGGAACAGCCAGUGGGUACCCACGCUUCCCAACAGCUCCCACCACCUGGACGCUGUGCCAUGUUCCACCACCAUCAACAGGAACCGCAUGGGCCGGGACAAGAAGAGAACCUUCCCCCUCUGCUUUGAUGACCACGACCCAGCUGUGAUCCAUGAGAAUGCAUCCCAGCCUGAGGUGCUGGUCCCCAUCCGACUGGAUAUGGAAAUUGAUGGACAGAAGCUGCGGGAUGCCUUCACCUGGAACAUGAAUGAGAAACUGAUGACUCCUGAGAUGUUUUCGGAAAUCCUCUGUGACGACCUUGAUUUGAACCCCCUGACAUUCGUGCCGGCCAUCGCCUCUGCCAUCAGACAGCAGAUUGAGUCCUAUCCCACAGACAGCAUCCUGGAGGACCAAUCAGACCAGCGUGUCAUCAUCAAGCUGAACAUCCACGUGGGGAACAUUUCCCUGGUAGACCAGUUCGAGUGGGACAUGUCAGAGAAGGAGAACUCACCGGAGAAGUUUGCCCUGAAGCUGUGCUCAGAGCUGGGCCUGGGUGGGGAGUUUGUCACCACCAUCGCGUACAGCAUCCGGGGACAGCUGAGCUGGCAUCAGAAGACCUAUGCCUUCAGUGAGAACCCUCUUCCCACCGUGGAGAUCGCCAUCCGGAACACAGGUGAUGCAGACCAGUGGUGUCCGCUGCUGGAAACCCUGACAGACGCUGAGAUGGAGAAGAAGAUCCGUGACCAGGACAGGAACACAAGGCGCAUGAGGCGGCUCGCCAACACUGCCCCAGCCUGGUGACCAGCCCAGCAGCACUCGACUCCCACAGAGCACCGCAGAAGAUUGGACUGCCUGGUGCCAUCCUAAGGGAGGGGGACAGGGGCUUCCAGGGUGCUCUCCCCAGCACACAUUCCAUUUGCUGAGCCCUAGUCGUGUCCCCCAGCCCUGUACUCUCCUCCAGCCUUGGGUCAGGAAGUAGCCUCAUAUUGGAUUAUGUUUUGUUUUGUAUAGAAGCCCCAGGCAGGGCUAGCAACACUUUUUAAAUAAAAGGCAACAGAUGACA